GAGCGCAUAGGCAUGGGAUGUACUGUACGACAUGCUUUAAUAAGCAGAAAUUACAAGAGAUUUCAAGCUGAUACGCGUAUACUUUUUAACUUUAUUGUAACAAAUGGCUCUGGGUUGUACUUCGAACCUCGACGUUGAUCAUAAAUGAUGAUUUUUUUUUAAAUGUUCGUUUUGAUAAAAACUUUUAAGUUAAUGUCUUGACGCAUUUAAAAUGGGCUUCGUACGUAGUUCCCUGUUUUUUAUUUGUUUCUUUAUCCUGUUAAUCCUCUGUGCUAUCGAGGGGGCUAAAAAAAGAAACGUACUUCUUAUAAUUGCGGAUGACGCCGGCUUCGAGACUGAUGUGUACAACAACUCCGCGAUCCGCACCCCUCACCUCCACGCCCUGGCUCAGCGCAGCCUGGUCUUCAGGAACGCCUUCACCUCGGUCAGCAGCUGCUCGCCCAGCCGCUCCGCCAUCCUCACUGGGCUGCCUCAGCACCAGAAUGGCAUGUACGGCCUCCAUCAGGAUGUGCACCAUUUCAACUCCUUUGAUGGCGUAAUGAGCUUGCCCCUCCUGCUGAGUCAAGCCGGCAUUCGAACAGGUAUUAUAGGGAAAAAACAUGUUGGUCCUCAGACAGUCUACCCAUUCGAUUUUGCUCACACCGAGGAAAACAGCUCCGUGCUGCAGGUGGGCAGAAACAUCACGAAAAUCAAGCUGCUGGUGCGGCAGUUCUUACAGGCCAAGGAUGACAGGCCAUUUUUCCUGUACGUUGCCUUCCAUGAUCCUCACCGGUGUGGCCACUCCCAGCCCCAGUACGGAGUCUUCUGCGAGAAGUUUGGGAAUGGGGAGAGUGGAAUGGGUUGGAUUCCUGACUGGAAACCCGAGCACUACACCCCAGAGCAGGUCCAAGUCCCAUAUUUCAUUCCGGAUACACCAGCAGCCAGGGCUGACCUGGCUGCACAGUACACCACAGUGAGCAGACUGGAUCAAGGAAUCGGGCUGGUUCUGAAGGAACUACAGGAUGCCGGGUUUGAGAAUGACACGCUGGUGAUAUACAGCUCAGACAACGGGAUCCCCUUCCCCAACGGCAGGACUAACCUGUACUGGUCCGGCACUGCGGAGCCCAUGCUUGUGUCAUCUCCUGAGCACCCUCAGCGCUGGGCCCAAGUCAGCCAGUCUUUCGUCAGCCUGCUAGACAUAACCCCUACUGUUCUGGACUGGUUCUCCAUCCCUUACCCUGAGUACAGCAUCUUCCGGACGCAGCAGCCUGUCCAGCUGUCGGGGAAGUCCCUCCUGCCAGCGCUGACCUCGGAGCAGCCCUGGUCCACCGUCUACGCCAGCCAGGGCCACCACGAGGUCACCAUGUACUACCCGAUGAGGGCGGUCCAGCAGGGCUCCUACCGCCUCAUCCACAACCUCAACUUCAAGAUGCCCUUCCCCAUCGACCAGGACUUCUACAUCUCCCCCACCUUCCAGGACCUCCUGAGCAGGACCCAGAGCGGCCAGCCCACCCACUGGUUCAAGACACUCCAGAGCUAUUACUACAGAGACCGCUGGGAGCUUUACGAUAUCAGAGCGGACCCUUCGGAAAUCAGGAACCUGGCGUCUGACCCCGCCUACGGGGAGACACUGCAGCACCUCAAAGCCCAGCUGCUGAAGUGGCAGUGGGCGACCUCUGACCCCUGGGUGUGUGCCCCCGAUGGCGUGCUGGAAUCGAAACUGACUCCGCAGUGCAGGCCUCUGUUCAAUGGGCUGGGCUGAGCCUGGUGCCCGUCAAUCUCAGUCCCUGGCAUUGCCAGAAAACAAAAAGUCAAAUCUUUUGAACCUUGGUGAAAGCUGGAUCCUAUAACGUGAACGGACGCCUCUCACUCUAAAACCGGCGAAGAACACAAUGAAACCCAACCAUCCAGCCAUUUUCUUCUGAUUCAGGGCACCAGAACCUAUCCCAACAAGGCAAGGCAGGACACACAAAGAUACAGACUCACACAGGCUCACACCUUGGACCAAUUAACCUACCGGUAUGUCUUUGGACUGUGGGAGGAAACCAGAGCACCCAGAGAAAACCAGUGUGAACAUAAGGAGAACAUGCAAACUCCACCGAGAUGGCACCCUGGGAUGGGAAUUUAACCCGGGGCCCCAGCACUGCAAAGCAGCAAUGCUAAUUACUGCGCCACCAUGCCACCCUCAAACCCAAUCAAGGUUGGUUUCCAACAGGGACCACCUCUUUGGUGAAACAACAGAUGAAAUAAAUCACACAGUCCUAUACUGUAUGUCAUGAUCUGGUGCUGUCCUGGUAAAUUAUAUCACACUGCAGCUAAAAGCAUUUUGUAUUUUCUCAUGAAAUGAAAAGUUAUUUUUGUUGAAGGAGUUUUAGUCAUGUUUGCUGUAGUUCUAAAAUCAGUUUCCCUCAUUCAGACGGUUCUCAACUAAAAUUUUAAAACAUUUUUAAUGGAACUGAUCGAUUCAAGCCAUCAGAUUGUACUGAUUGAUAACAUUAUAGUUUCCCCUAGCGGUAAGGCUCAUGGUCUUAUCACAGUGCAGAUGGGCUUGGUAACAGAAGUUUUUUCAUGACCACAAUCAUCGUAUCUCCCAUGUGUGAAUACAGUACCUCUGCAUUUUAGAAAAGCAAGUAGAAUUGUAUAGACCUUUUAUUUUAUUUAGACUGGUUUUAUUAAAAGUUCUAAUCAAAAUAAUCUUAAUCUAACUGUAAGACUUGGGGAAAUGUAAAAAUGUGAGAGAUGGCUUUACUAAAUUGGUGUGCUUUGCAUUUUUAAUAGUCUGAUGUUACACUUUUUAAAUUUUCAAAACAUUAUGCGCGGUAUACAUUUACUGUAGGUUAUUUUUACCUAUGUAAUAAUAUUUCAUCUGUUGUAGACCACUAAAAACUUACAUUUUAAAAAACAUUUAAACAGCUCAUUGUGUUUCAAUCUAAUUUGAUGAUAAAAGCUGUAUUUAAUUUAUAGUUUCAUUUUAAGAAGUAUAAAUCACUUCAAUGUCAUGCUGCUCCGACUGUGGACUUUAAUAUCACGAGCCAGUCAUACACUGGUUUUCAGUUGAAACAUGGCUUUCAGGUAAAAUUGUGCAGACAUAUCUAUUUAAAAGCGAGUUUCACUUUUGCCUUUACACUCCAGAGUGUUGUUUUUAGAAUCUGUACAUUAGGAAGAUUGGGAGUAGAACUAAGCUGCACAACUACAGUUUUUGGCAAGCUGAUAUCAAGUUCCUAAAUACCUUUAUAAAAUAAAUGGAUUCAGAAA